AAGAUCAUCAAUUCUCACCACCGCUGUAUUCAACUCUCUUUCCUCUCUCUCCUUUGGUUCCCUUUGGAAUCCAAAGAGCUCUCCCUCUAAGCUCAUCUCUGUAAUCUGUGAACGUGGAUUGAUGAAAUAGAAGGCGCCAAUUCAGCUUGUAUUCGAAUCGAUCGGAGGGAUUGUGGAGAUGGCGUGCCGAGGUUGCUUAGAAUGCCUAUUGAAGAUUCUGAACUUCUUGUUGACUCUCGUGGGUCUGGCCAUGGUGGGAUAUGGGAUCUACUUGUUUGUAGAAUAUAAAAAAUCUUCCGGCGAAACCCUUACGAUCUCGCCGGUAAUGGGCGACAGUGAUGUGAUUCAGCUCGGCCGGCCUGUCAUGAUGGCAGUGACUCUGUCAAGCAGCAUUUUGGAUAAUCUGCCCAAAGCUUGGUUCAUAUACUGUUUUUUUGCCAUUGGAGUAAUUCUCUUUGUCAUAUCUUGUUUUGGUUGUGUUGGAGCGGUGACACGGAAUGGCUGCUGUUUGUCUUGUUAUGCAGUACUGGUGAUUUUGUUGAUCUUGAUAGAGCUUGGAUGUGCAGCUUUCAUAUUCUUUGACAAAAGCUGGGAGGAUGACAUUCCAACUGACAAAACUGGAGAUUUUGAUAUGAUUUAUGAUUUUCUGAAAGAGAACUGGAAAAUUGUCAAGUGGGUUGCUCUUGCGGCUGUUAUUUUGGAGGCUCUGCUUUUCGUGUUGACUCUUAUGGUAAGAGCAGCAAACAAACCAGAUGACUAUGACAGUGAUGAUGAGUUCAUUGCUCAGAGACAAUCUGUGCGGCAGCCAUUGAUCAAUAGGCCACCAGUUGCAGCAACAGGUGUACCUGUCGCUGGUGCCAUUGAUCAGCGUCCAAAUAGAAAUGAUGCUUGGAGUACACGCAUGCGGGAAAAGUAUGGCCUUGACACUUCCGAGUUCACGUACAACCCAUCUGAGUCAAACAGGUAUCCACCAGGGCAGCAACAGCCAACAGAGGAAAGGAGCCGAUGCACCAUCAUGUGAUAACUUAGGCAUGUGGGUUUUGCUUGAUUCCAGUUUCUGAAACUGAUGUUCUCAGACAAGGGUGUGACAAUUCUGUGUGUCCAAUGAGACGAUCUUUUUGUUUCUGUUGAGUUUGUGUACAAUACAACAUUUUUUUCAGGAGUUCUACUCAUGUCUUCAUUCCCCAUUUGCUUUCUUGUCAAACACAUCUUCCUCCUCCCUCAAAUGACUACCAUUUGGGGUGUAAAAUUGAAUCAUAAUGUUGGGUUUCUUGUGGAGUUGCAGGAUGAUUUUAGACUAGGUGACAAAUCCAAGAAGACACCCUACCUGGUCCAUUAUGAUUCACACAUAACCUUGUAGCUACAGGCUAUUUUACCAACUUUUCCCUGAUUAUUCAAUUUUAAUGACAAUAGUGUAUCUUGUGUUGUA